AUGACUGCCGACGUCCCCAAGGUCUGCCGCGCUGCUCCCGCCGUUGGCGCUGGAAAGCCCGACUACAAGAUUGUCUGCCGCGAGGACUACCCCGUCCCCACUCCCGGAGAGGGCGAGCUCCUCGUCAACCUCGAGUACUGUGGUAUCUGCCAGUCUGACCACCACCAGUUUGCCGGUGACUGGCACGGCAUCCAGCCCGCCGAGGGUGUCGACUGCACCGGCCACGAGGGUGCUGGUCGCGUCGUCGCCGUUGGCCCCAAGGUCACUCAGUUCAAGGUCGGCGACAAGGUCGGUCUCACCCCCGUCUACAAGACCUGCAACGACAAGCUCGGCCAGGAGCUCUGCGAGAUGUGCCAGCGUGGCCACGAGACGAUCUGCUUCAACAAGGUCUACCUUGCUAUGGGCGUCAACGGCACCUACACCUCAUACCCGCUCAUCUCUGAGCAGUGGGCGAUCCGCAUCCCAGACGGCGUCCCCAUGGAGCAGGCGGCUCCCUUCAUGUGCUCCGGUGGUACUGCCUACACGGCCGUCAAGGCUGCUGGCCUGAAGAAGGGCGAGUGGCUCGCCGUCUUUGGUGCCGGCGGUGGUGUUGGCCACAUGGUCGUUCAGUUCGCGCACGCCCAGGGCUUCAAGGUUAUCGGCAUUGAUGUAGGAGAGGACAAGGCCAAGGUCGUCAAGGAGGCCGGAGGCGACCACUUCGUUGACGCUACCAACCCCAACGCUAUCGAGGAGGUCAAGAAGCUCACUGGCGACGGACUCGGCACCCACGCCGUCAUCGUUACCGCCGGUAACGGUAAGGCCUACGCCGCCGCUCCUUACGUCCUCCGUCCCCUCGGUGUCCAGGUCACCGUCGGUCUUCCCGCCAACGGAGAGGCCAUUGCCGGUGCCGACCCUGGCUACAUCGUCUUCAUGGGUAUCACCAUCAAGGGUAUCCUCGUCACCACCCGCAAGGACAUGGAGGAGGCUCUCGAGUACCUCAAGAACGGCCAGGUUAAGGAGCACAUCACUGUGUACCCCUUCUCCUACUUCCCCGAGGCGCUCGCCAACGUCGCCGCCUCCAAGACCAACGGUCGUCAGGUCAUCGAGUUCCUCCGCGACUAA